AUGAUGACCUCUUCAGAAAUUGAGGUGGAAAAUUUGAGUGAGAAGAAUACAGAAGAUACUGCGAUUUUAGAAGUAAGCACAAUGGCAGUUGGUGGUGUUAUUAAGCAAGAGAGCCGCGAUGUCGAUUUCCUUUCGAAUUGUAGCACCUCCGUCGAGGGUUCCGUGAUAGCUUCUCCUUCUAUUGAUAGUUUCUCUACUUUGCCAGAACAAGAAAUAUCAGAUUUUCAAACGGAUUCUAGGGAUUUGCAAGUAAAAGUAGACAAUCCACAAAAACAUCUUGAAACUCUUGAAACUUAUAUUACUUUUCGUAUAACAACAAAAUCUACAAGACCAGAAUUUGAAGAAGGAGAGUAUGUUGUUAGAAGACGUUACAAUGAUUUUAUUUGGUUACGACGGAAAUUGGUGGAUUCAUAUCCAACACGUAUCAUACCACCAAUGCCUGGAAAGCAUACACUGCUUGCUCAGUUAGAUCGUUAUUCUAAAGAAUUUAUUAUAGCUCGCAUGAAACUAUUACAUGUUUUUCUCAAUAGAGUUGUGAAUCAUCCAAUUCUUAGCUGUGACAAAAAUCUAUUCAUAUUUUUGGCCACUAAACCUGCAGAAUUCCUUAUAUAUCGUAAAAAUCGUGGAAAUGUACUUGUUAAGAUGACUGAUUCUUUGCAAAAUAUUGCAAGUACAUAUACUAUGAAACGUCAUUUUGAAUUUGAACAAAUUCGAGACUAUUGUACAGCUCUUAGUGAAAAAUUAGCAAUUGUAGAUAAGAUAAAUCAUCGUAUACAUAAGGAAAGACAAGAUUAUUUGUUGGAAUUGCACCAAUUACAUCCAAUUUUUACCUUAUGGGCAACAUCUGAACCAGAAUUGGCACCCUUUUUAUUAGCAAUUGCUAAAGCAAUUGAGUGCAAUGCAAUGGCUCAUCAAAAACUUUUGGAAAAUGUCCCAAACGAGGAACGAGAAUACAUUUCGUAUGUAGAUGCAGUUAAAAAUGCUUUAUCCCGCCGAGAUUCGAUGCAAAUUGAAUACGAAAUGACUGUCGAAGUUAUGGCGAAAAAAAGAUUAGAAAAGGAUCAGUUAAUGGGUCUUGCGAGCGGUAUCACUUCAACGCAGAAUUGGGGUGGAUCACUUUGGAAAGCAGAAUCUCGUAAUGAAAAAUUAGAAAGACUUGGGCAAGCUAUACCACGAUUAGCAAAGCAAGCAGAAUUAUUGCAAGAUCGCGUAGAGUGUGCAAAUGAAAAUCUCCGAAGUGAUUUACAAAGGUGGAAUGUAGAAAAGCAAGUGGAUUUGAAAAAUAUGUUAAUUUCAAUGGCAGACCGACAAAUUCGACAUUACCAACAGUGUAUGAACGCAUGGGAAGAAAUUCUCACUGGUUUAAAAUUGAAUGGAAUAGGAUCUGAAGUUAGCGUAGGACCACCUAUUAAAAUUCCUGUUUGAAUCACGCAAUCUUUCAUUUUCGGACAUACACAUAAUAAUAACCUUAUACAUUUACAAAGGUAAAAAAACUUAAA